GUUGACAGUUUCUCACUGGAGACGGUGAUGAAGGUGUGUCACGGUAAGAAGCACUGCCUGGUGCUAGCUAGCACGUCCAGAUUCAACGACCCCUGUCCGGCAAGAGUCGCAAAGUACCUCGUCGUUGUCUACACUUGUGUUCCAGCGCGGAUACUGAAGCGCCUGUACACGCAGGAGGACAGUAGCCGGGGUAUUCUAGGUGGCCAGCCCAGCUACAUACCCGACCCCUCGAUGGUCAACAACAACAACAACAAAAACAAAAAUGCAGGCGUCCAGAUUAACCGGACGGCGGGCAGAAGGCCGGACAACAGUGGUGGGGUGUACCUGGGCGAGUACGAUUAUGGCUUCGCUGUCAACACGGAAGCGAAGCAGAACGGUGAUGAGCACACAUUCCAGCAGGGCAGCAGCCAUCUGGGAGCAACCAUCCUAGCGGACGUCGUUCUCUCAAUUCAGUACCUGAAAGAGCACAGGGAGACGAUCGGCAUCUACUUUGGCUUCAGCCUGUGCGUCGGUGUCGGCGCCCUCGCGCUCGUCUGCGCCGCGAAGCUUGUGCGGCGGCGCCACCGUGCGAAGGCGGCCGCCGUCACGACGCCCGAGAACAAGUCGCUGAUGAAGCCGCCGCCGACGUCGGUCGCGAACGGCGUCGUGACCUCCGACCUCGACCUGCUGUCGGACGCGCUCGAGCCGGUGCAGUUUACGGGCAGCACGUUCCGCGGCUCGGCAAGCCCGCCGGGCCGGCCGCGCAGCUACCACUCGAACACGAACUCGCACUACGCGUCGCACUACUCACGCUACAACCACAUGCAGAUAUAG